AUGGUGGUGAGAUUCAAUGCCACCCUUAUCACACAACUAGCUAAAUAUUGUGAGGAAGACCAGCACGACUCGGAUGAGUGGGUCCCAUACAUGCUAAUGGUGUACCGGGCAGCUGAACACAAGGCCACAGGGUUCACACCAUCUUGUCUGAUGUUCAGCCAUGAAAUCCGCCUCCCAGUCGACCUAGCAACAGGAAAGCUACCGGAUGAAAGACUGCCUGCACCACACACCGAAUACGUGAGGACCCUGCAGUGUCGAAUGGAGGAGACCAGGCACCAAGCAAGUCAGCACCUCAAGAUGGCAGGCCAGGCGAUGUGGCGGCGGUAUAACGAAUGGGCCAGGGACGCAAUGUACUGCCCCGGGGACCAGGUGUGGCUUCACAAGCCACUCCGGAGGUCUGGGAAGUCACCGAAGCUCCAGAAUCCUUGGGAGGGCCUGUACACUGUGACAGAGAGGAUAUCUGCCACUCGAGCUGAUGAAGGCAUAGGAGUGAACACUCGUCAGAGGCUGCUCACCGAACCCAGUAGGACAGGCAGUAAAGGAGUGCAGCAUCCUGACACAUUAAUAAAGGUAUAUGAGACUGUGUAUUCUUUGCGCAAGAAUAUAUGCGGGAAAGAGGAAUGUAAAAUAAUGGAACAUGGAGCAAGUAUUCUUGAAACAGAGCUGUCAAAAGCUUAG